AUGAGGUUGACCGUGCACGAGUAUGAUAUCGAAAGAGAAGGGGAGUUCAAGCCUGGGGAGAAGUCCUGUGGCAUCCUGGUGGGUAAUAGCAGCUGCAGCGCCAGCAACAAUUCCCCCAUGAAGAAGAGCAGUGGGACCAAGUUGUGCAGCAGCAAGCAGCCGGGCAAGCUGGUGCUGAGUGGUAAAGCCUUCCAGGAACAGCCGUGUAUGCUGAACCACCAUUCGCUUUACAAGUCCCGGACCGCAGCCUCCAGCUCUAAGCAGGGAAGUUUGGACAAGAAGCCAAACCACAGUGUCUACAUUUUUGGUGCUUCGGGCUACCAGAGCUCUUUCCCGGUUGCCGUCCCAGCAAGCCCUACCCUGAGCAGCAGCUCUGUCGAGACCAGUGACCCGCUGAGUUUGUAUGAGGACGCAGGCGGCUCCAUGCACGACUCUCCUGACUCCCCCUCUGAGCACAGCGGAUACCCCAGGGCAUCCUCUCCGGCCCCAUCAACCUCCCACUCUUCCUCCUCGGCUGCAUCCUUGCCUUCCUCAGCAUCCUCCUCCUCUUCUUCAUCCUCAGAUGAGGAACUAGAGGAUGAGCUGCUGGAACUUAACCCCAGCCCAGGUUUUGAAAGCAUGUCCCUGGGCAGCCUCAGCUCAUCUGCCCUGGACAGGGACCUGGGCUUUAACUUUGAACCAGGCUCGGGCUCUCACUUCAAAUUCCUGGACUAUUGCACCCCAGAGGUAAGUGAGAUGAUCUCAGGGGACUGGCUGGAAUCCAUGAUCUCCAACAUGGUGUUCACCUACUGA